AUGGACAGAGAUAAAUAUCAAGUUGUAGGCCUAGAUAAGUCCACAAUGGAAGACCCUCUAUUCGAUAGAAUUCUGGGUACUAUCUACGGAUCUGUAUUGGGUGAUGCUUUUGAACAAAUAUUAAAGGCCUACGGUACCAAUCCAAUUCCUUUUCCAGGAUUUUUGAAAACUUCACAUAAUUCAAGAUGGCCAAAAGGUGAUUGGACAGAUGAAUCCGAUCAAAUGAUAAUUGCUUUAGAAUCACUGCUGGAAACCAAUGGAAAAGCCUGUGAACUUAAUUUCGCCAAAAAAUUACAAAAAUGGGUUGUCUCUGGAUUUUCUGAUCUUGGAGAUACUUGUGGUUUGGGAUCUACAAGUAGUUCAAUUAUUUUACAAUCACAGUUUGUUACCAAUCCAUUUUAUAUAAGUGAAAAAACUUGGGUGACCUCAGGAAGAAGAAAUUCAAAUAAUGGAGCUAUUUCAAGAGCAAUUGCUACUGGAUUAUUCCAAUACGAUAAAAUGGAUAUCAUUACUACCAAUUCAACUUCAUUCUGUAAAACCACACACUUUGAUCAAAGAUGUAUCACCUCAAACAAUGCAAUCAGUUAUGCAAUUGCCAUACUACUCAAUAAUAUAGAAUCAAAACGAUCUAGCUUGAAUAGAAAUGAAGAAGUUGAUCACCUCAUUGAAGAAAUAGUUGCCAAGUGUGCAAACUCUAUGACUCUCCAAGAAAGAGUUGAAUUUGAAGAGAUUAUGUAUAAUACAUCGUUAGAAUCUUUAAAUUUAUCUGCUCCUGAUUCAAUAAGUUAUGUAUUUAAAUCUUUGGGAGCUGGAUUCUGGGGUCUUAGAUCAAACUACUCCUUUAAAGAUACAUUAAAUAUGAUAGUAAAAGAAGGUGGAGACUCUGAUUCAAAUGGAUCUAUAGCUGGUGGUCUUUUGGGAUGCAAGAUUGGUUAUUCACAUCUACCAAAAGAUUGGAUUCAACAAUUGCCAAACAAAGAAUGGUUAGAUAUCAAAGUACUGAUAGCCACUGACGAUUUAUAUAUAAUGAUAUUAGCACAAGAAAAUUACAACAACAACAACAAAAAUAAUAAUAAUCAAGAUAGUAAUACAUUAAACAAUAUAUUAACAAUAAGUACAAAUUAA